AUGGCUAAUAAUCAAGGAGCGAACUUUCGCGACGAAACCGGCUUCGGCGAUCCGUUGAGCAACCUCAGCAACUGCGAAAACUUCAACAUCUUGCAGUUCAUCAACGACGAGUCGGCCGACGGUCAAGCGAAUGUAUACCAACAACAAUAUCAACAACAACAACACUACGCCAUGCAGCAGCAACCUUUAAGACACGUUCAGCAGCCGGUCUGUUUGGACAACAACAUGAUGGCGGCUAGAUAUCCUCAAGUAGUCCAGACUAAACUACCUGAUUCACCCCCAAUCACCGAUAUCUCAGCCGGAGCGUCGAGUGGAUCACCAAGCUCCGAACCACCUUUCUCGCCUGACCAACAGUACCAGCAGUACCAAUUUCAACAGAAUCCAAGUCAAAUGGGACAAAUGAGACUACAAGAUCCUAACGUAGCUCAGCAGCAGCUUCAUCAAAGCCAAGUUUCUCCCAACUCGGACUACAUGAGCUACACCUCUCACACGUCGCCAACUCAGUUGUCACCUCAACAAGUAAAUCAACAGACCUUCUUGCCUCAACAACAACAUCUUGGCUUCACAAUGGACAUGUAUUUGAAUGACAAUUCUAAUGCUGACUUCAACGGUGUCUUUGACGAUACAAACCCUCGUGCUGGUCAGAAGAGAAAGCGUGUUGAUCCAUCUGUAGCUCAGGUUAAGCAUGAACAAUUUGUGCAUCCUUCUCAGACUCCGAUGCCAAUGAGUCAGAUGGUCAGCUCCAGCUCAUCCUCAACUCACUCGGGAUCAAUGGAAGACUUUGAUGAAGGACCACGUCAACGUACUAUCAGGUUCCAACCGUUUGAUUCUGGCAACUGGUCGCCGUUGUUUAACGAACAUCGUCAACAGAUUCAGCAUCCUUCAGUACAAGUUAUCGCUGACAAAGGCUUUGCGUACAGUCCGAAAGAACAAUGUUUCAUUAACCAGAAGAAGAACCACUUCCAGAUAACAUGUCAUAUUGAUGUUAAGGACAGGCCCACGUAUGUUCUACACGAUAAGCAGCUGAAGCCGAUUCGACGAGUAAAGUUAUUAUUCUACGGUACUAAAGCAGAGAUGACAUCGUAUGAGAUUGAAAUAAGACAAUCUCAAGCAGAUAGAAAGCCUAUCAGAUACGAUGGUGAUAUCAUUGAAUUGAAUAACAACAGCGUGACCAAGAAGACCAUCUGUCGACUACACUUCUCCAAGUGCACGGACAACAACAACAGGAAGAGCAACAAAAAACAGCUAAACCCGGACCAGAAGUACUUCAUGCUGAUCGUCAAAUUCAUCGCUGAAGUCGAUGGAGGUGCUGUUCAGAUGCACUCCUUCUGCUCAGACCGUGUCAUCGUAAGGGCUUCGAACCCAGCUCAAUUCGCAGAGCCAGAGAUUGAUGCCGGAUGGAAACAGACGUCUAGUUUACUCCACUUUAACGGUCAAGUCGCAGUUGGUACCGACGCUCCAUUCGCCGAUGCCCAACUAUCGGUAAUGGGUAACCUUGUAGCCACCGGUAGCACAACCCGACCAUCAGAUCGUCGUGUCAAAGAAGACAUUGUACCGGUUGAUACUCAAGAAGCACUGGAAAGAAUUAACCGACUUCGAAUCGUGCAAUACGCCUACAAACCAGAACUUGCCGAGAAGUGGGGAUUGAAAGAAGCCGACCGUCACAGAGUAGGAGUUAUCGCACAAGAACUGGCCGAAGUCUUGCCGGAUGCCGUGAAAGAGAACGGCGAGCUGUACACCGUGGACGAGACCAGAAUCUUCUACGAAGGAUUCGCAGCAGCUCAAGAACUCAGCCGUUUGUAUGGUCAUUUGGAUGGUCGAGUUGAUAAGGUGCAACAGAUUGCUGACUUGUUAGCUAAAGACGCCAGAAGACGAAAGAAGUUAGGAGCUUCGAUGGCUUCUGGACUGUCUGGAUUGACUCAAUUGGUCAAGAAGGAGCCGAAGAAAAAGACUCUAAAGGGAUCAAAGUUUGUGUCACAAUCAGAAUUGUCGAUUAACUCAGCCAGCCCUUCGAUGGAUGGGUCAGCUAGCCAAAUAGGAUCAGCUAGUCAAGUCGGCUACAAAAGAUACAAGAAAAGACAUUCUAAGACUCCAGAAUUAUGUGGAUCCAAAAUGACCCAAUGUACAAUGGUUGCGUUGGUUUCUAUCAUGUCUUUGUGGUAAGUUAACAGUAACUUUUAAAUGUAAAAUUAUUUUUUUUGAUUAAAAUAUUUUAAAAAUAUAAAUUUUUAAAACUUUUUUCCUAAAAUUUAAUAAAAACUAAUAAUAAAAAUGUUUUUAGCCUAGUAACCAUGUGCACAUUAUACGUAAUGGAUUGGUACAACCGAACAUACGUCUACACUCCCCACUCAUUCCCCAGAAACCCACCAAGCACUCCACCAAUGCUCAUGGAUAAUAUAAUUGAUCUGACCAACAAAGAAUGGGUUCUACCCAAACAACCGCUAGUCCACCCUCUACUCUCAACUUGUCCUGAUUCUGGAAUGCAUUGUCCUAAAUAUUGUUGUGCAUCCAAUUCCGUUUACAAUUCUAGCAAUAGCGAAGAUUCUGUAGACGGCGUGUUAUCUUUGGACAAGAAAAAAGACAAGAUGACGUCUGUGGUUGUUGGUAAUGACGGUCGAGAUGUAAAACCAUUUGGAAAUGGAAUUGAGAUCAAAUUGAAAGACUUGGAUAUCAGUUUAGACGAGAGCUAUUGUGUUGAAGGAAGUUGUGCACCACGAAAGGGAAGAUACAACUUGUACAUUCCUAUCUCGGCCUACAUGCCUACAAUGCCAUUGCAAAUUAACAUCAAGUAAGUCAUGUUAUGAAUACGACAAUUUUUCUUUGAUCUACACUUAGAUAAUUUUUUUUUGUAUUUUUUAUAAUUUGUUAAUGUUAUAGUAGAUUUUUUCCGCAUAUUUAGCUUAAUUUUAACACUUUUUAAAUAUUAAAAACUAUUUUUUCUUUCAGUGUACCGAAAGGCAUGUUUGUAAGUGAUUGUGGCGCACUAAAAGGUUUCAAACAUCAAACUUGUGAGCUUGAGUCAAGCGACGAUGAAGUUACACCUCAACCCAGGAUGUUUAAGGUAUUUUUCUGACCUCAAAUCAUAAAGAUUCAACCAAAACACUAUAUAAAAAACACUCCUGAAAUUUCAUAAAAUUGUUUUCCAAAACGUAUUACAGUUUUAAAGAGACCUUUUUCUACUUUAGCAAGUUAUCAUAGGCUAAAAACCUUUAAAUUUGAAAAAGAAUCUCCUAGUUUAAGUUAAAAAUCUGAACCCUAUAAACCCAAAACUUUCAGACCUCGCUGACCGACUUCCAAGUGACCGCAGGCGAUUUCAUGCAAAGUGCGUAUCGCUUCCGCGUUGGCCAUUCGACCAUGUCGUGCCAGAUGAGCGAAGACCAACAGGGCCGAUCGUUCGACGAGUUCAACCUGGUCUUCUACCGCAAAUGUAUUUAA